AUGGCUAGCCUUUUCCUCCCCUCCUUUAUCUUUCUUAUUACAAUGAAACUUGGCCAGGUGAUGGCGGGUGCUCCCAACUGCGGACCAAUUGUAGCCAAUGAUAUUGACCGGAUUCAAUUUGCAUUUAACCUUGAGUUCCUUGAAGCAGAGUUUUUCCUGUAUGGUGCACUAGGUAGAGGACUCGACAGCAUCGCUCCAACUUUUGCGGCCGGUGGUCCGCCUCCCAUCGGUGCUAAGAAGGCCAAUCUUGACCGUCGUGUUCGAAGGAUCAUUGAGGAAUUUGCAUAUCAGGAAGUUGGUCAUCUCAGGGCUAUAAUUACAAUAAUAGGAGGAAUUCCAAGGUCGCAAUUGGAUCUUAGCCCUCAGAGUUUUGCAAAACUAUUUGAUGCAGCAGUUGGUUUCAAAUUAAAUCCUCCAUUCGACCCUUACUGUGACACAGUCAACUAUCUCUUAGCAUCUUAUGCGAUCCCUUAUGUAGGACUCGUGGGUUAUGUUGGCACCAUUCCAAGCCUUGCAAAUGAAACUUCUCGAAGUUUGGUUGCGUCGCUUUUGGGCGUUGAGUCUGGACAGGAUGCAGUUAUAAGAACACUACUAUAUGAGAGAGCCACCCAGAAAGUGCUGCCAUACAACUUGACCGUAGCCGAGUUUACUAUCGGUAUCUCUGCGCUCAGAAACAAGCUGGCCUCGUGUGGCAACAAAGACGAAGGCUUAGAAGUACCUCUAUUUCUUGGAGCAGAAAAUCGUACGGACAGCAACAUUCUCUCCGCUGAUUCUAAUUCUCGUUCAUAUGCUCGGACGCCACCGGAGAUCUUGAGGAUAAUAUAUGGAACUGGAAGUGAGUACAAACCUGGUGGGUUUUAUCCUAAUGGAGGAGGUGGGAACAUCGCAAAGAGCUUUCUUGCAUAAGCCUAGGAGCCACUCUACU